AUGGGUGACGGAGAUCAGGCUUCACUUACGUGGAAAUUUACACAAUGCUUUGGUGAUAAGGGUGAUGUCGAAGAUAUAACUGAAGCCGACAUUAUCUCCACUGUCGAAUUCGAUCAUACCGGUAACUAUUUGGCCACUGGCGACAAAGGGGGUCGAGUCGUCCUUUUUGAGCGGAAUGAGACGAAAAAAACAUGCGAAUACAAAUUUCAUACGGAAUUCCAGUCCCACGAGCCGGAGUUCGAUUACCUUAAAUCAUUGGAAAUUGAAGAAAAGAUUAACAAGAUAAAAUGGUGCAGACGACAGAAUGCUUCUCAUUUCCUCCUUUCAACAAACGACAAGACUAUAAAGCUCUGGAAGGUGUUUGACAAAUCUUUGAAGGUCGUCGCAGAGAAUAACCUUUCCCAUGAUCUGACUCCGGGUAGCGCCGUUGGUGGAGGAGGUGUCCCACGAGCGCCGCGCAUUCCAUUGAAGGACGCAUCUGCCCUCAAGUUGCCUCGCAUGACACAUCAUGAUACCGUAGUUGCGGCGGUUCCGCGACGUAUUUACGCCAACGCUCAUGCCUAUCAUAUCAACUCCAUAUCCGUUAACAGUGACGGAGAGACGUUUAUCAGUAGCGACGAUCUCCGCAUCAAUUUAUGGAACUUGAAUAUUCAAGAUCAGAGUUUCAACAUUGUCGAUAUCAAGCCUGCGAAUAUGGAAGAAUUGACGGAAGUCAUCACUGCCGCAGAAUUUCACCCCAUUAGUUGCAACUGGUUUAUGUAUGCUAGCUCCAAGGGAACGAUCAAGUUGGCCGACAUGAGGCAAAGUGCUCUUUGCGACAACCAUACCAAACAAUUCGAACAAGAAGAGGAAGUUUCUACUCGAUCUUUCUUUUCUGAAAUCAUUUCAUCCAUCUCUGAUGUCCGCUUCUCCCACAAUGGGCGCUAUAUUGUCUCCCGAGACUACCUUACCGUGAAAAUCUGGGAUGUCAACAUGGAACGUCAACCACUCAAAACUAUUCCGAUCCACGAACACCUUCGGCCACGGUUAUGUGACACUUAUGAAAAUGAUAGCAUCUUCGAUAAGUUUGAGGUUGUCUUCUCCGGCGAUACGAAGCAUGCCAUGACUGGAAGUUAUAACAACAACUUUAUGAUUUAUCCUACGGAUCCAAGUCUAGAAACUGAAGUCGUUCUCCAGGCGGAUAAAGCUGCAUUCAAGGCAAAGAAGGUUGGCGUUCCAACUCCUAUCAAUUCCUCCAUCUCGACCAAUGCUGGCAAUAAAAAGAGCGGAUCAAGAGCUGGUAGCCCUGCUGGGAUGGGAGGUCGCAUGCGAAAAGAAACAGAUGCCGAUCAAAUUGAUUUCAACAAGAAGAUUCUACACAUGAGUUGGCAUCCAUUUGAAGACAGUAUCGCUAUUGCUGCUACCAACAAUGUAAGUCUCCAUCAUCAACUUCCAUUUCAAGCAAUUGAGUGCCAUAAUACUAACGGCUCUUGUAUUCUCUAG